AGAUAGAUAGGAAGAAAGAAAGAAAAAGAGCGAGGGAAAAAAACCGGAUUAAUUAAUUAGUACGAAUUUUGAGUAAUACUAAUAACAAAGUUUUUGCAUAAAAACACUAUAUAUCGUUCUUUCAAUUGAAUAUUUUUCUUUUCAAAGGAAUGAAACAGUUCGAAUCGUUUUUUUUUGUAUAAAAAACACAUUGACACUUAAAUUCUAAAAUUUGUUCACUCAGCUAAACAAAUUUGAAAGAAAGAAAAAAAAAACAACCUUCAAAUAUUUUUUUCAUUGGAGAAAACAGAAAGAGCGGUCAGAUAUGAAAUACAUUCCUCUAACGAUCCUUAAAGGAAAUAAAUCGCACGGCAUGGACGAUCCCUGAAGGCCAGCAAAUGCAACGGGGUGUGUGAGGGGGUGACCGGCGUCUCUAGUGUUCGCGAAAUGCCUGUUCCAUUCGCACUGUCAACAGACGCCCGAUCAUGGCAGCGGCGGCGCGAACCGCAUGUUAUGAGUUACUGCAGCUCGCGUUUUCGAUUUUUGCCGAAAUUAACCAGCUAGGAAGUUAGACACACAAAUCCCCCCUGACGUCAGUUUUGUUCAUAACGGGGAGGAUGACGAAUAUGUCGUUCAGAACACACGCGCCAGUGCAAGGUGGUUAUUUGGAGCUGUGACGCCGGUGGUUUGGUGGAAAAAAUAGUAAUGAAAGUGGGCAUGCUGUUAGGGAUUUAAAAAAGGAAUUGAUAGUGUAAACAUUGUCAAGAUGGUGACACUGGAUAAUAUGACCGAUGGAAACGCAAGUUUCUUACGUGCAGCAAGAUCUGGAAACUUGGAGAAGGUGAUUGAACAUCUGAAAGGAAGCAUCGAUAUUAACACCAGCAAUGCGAAUGGCUUGAACGCCUUGCACCUUGCUGCAAAAGAAGGACACGUCACCGUUGUGACAGAGUUGCUAAAGCGAGGAGCUAAUGUCAAUGCUGCUACAAAGAAAGGAAACACUGCUCUGCACAUCGCCUCCCUUGCGGGUCAAGAGGAGGUCGUCAGGGUGCUCAUUCAGCUGGGUGCGAACGUGAACGUGCAGUCUCAGAAUGGCUUCACUCCCCUAUACAUGGCAGCCCAGGAGAACCAUGAUCACGUGGUCUCGUUCUUGCUGGCUAACGGGGCGAACCAGAGCCUCGCCACAGAAGACGGUUUCACCCCGUUAGCUGUCGCACUGCAACAAGGUCACGACCGGGUGGUGGCUGUUCUCCUGGAAAACGACACCAAAGGACGCGUCCGGCUGCCGGCGUUGCACAUUGCUGCUAAAAAGGAUGACUGCAAAGCGGCCACUUUACUCCUACAGAGCGACCACAAUCCAGACGUCACCUCUAAGAGUGGCUUUACCCCGCUACACAUCGCUGCCCACUAUGGCAAUGAAAACAUUGCCAAAAUCCUACUAAGCAAAGGAGCUGAUGUUAACUAUGCAGCCAAGCAUCAAAUUACUCCUCUCCAUGUAGCGUCGAAAUGGGGCAAAACAAAUAUGGUUGCUCUACUUCUGGAGAAAGGUGCUAACAUUGAAGCUUCAACCAGGGAUGGUUUGACGCCUCUUCAUUGUGCUUCUCGCAGUGGUCACGAACAAGUGGUUGAUUUACUACUCGAAAAAGGCGCACCUUUCUUAGCUAAGACUAAGAAUGGAUUGGCUCCCUUACACAUGGCCUCUCAGGGUGAUCACGUGGACAGUGCUCGUAUUUUGUUGUACCAUAAAGCUCCCGUUGAUGACGUCACCGUGGAUUACUUGACUGCUUUACACGUAGCGGCACAUUGCGGCCAUGUCAAGGUGGCCAAACUACUUCUUGACAGAAAGGCAGAUCCAAAUGCCCGGGCUUUGAAUGGAUUCACCCCUCUCCACAUUGCCUGCAAGAAGAACAGAAUCAAAGUUGUCGAACUAUUGCUGAAGCAUGGGGCCUCCAUUGAAGCUACUACCGAAUCUGGGCUAACGCCACUGCACGUGGCUUCCUUCAUGGGCUGCAUGAACAUCGUCAUUUACUUGAUACAAAAUGGAGCCCAUCCAGACGUGCCCACUGUGAGAGGAGAAACUCCACUUCACCUGGCAGCACGAGCCAACCAGACAGACAUCAUCCGCAUAUUGCUGCGAAAUGGGGCGUCGGUGGAUGCAAGAGCUAGGGAAGAACAAACGCCGCUGCACAUUGCGGCCAGACUGGGCAAUGUGGACAUCGUGAGUUUACUUCUUCAGCAUGGAGCUGCAGUGGACGCGGUCACCAAGGACAUGUACACAGCACUGCACAUUGCUGCUAAGGAGGACCAGGAGGAAGUGGCAUCCGCCCUUAUGGAUCACGGAGCUUCUCUUACCUCAACAACCAAGAAAGGGUUCACACCUCUUCACUUAGCUGCUAAAUACGGCAACAUUAAGGUUGCCCGACUGUUGCUGCAGAAGGGUGCACCUGUUGAUGCUCAGGGAAAGAACGGAGUUACACCGUUGCAUGUUGCCGCACACUAUGACCACGUGAACGUUGCUCUGCUGUUGCUGGACAAGGGUGCUUCGCCGCACGCCAUGGCUAAAAACGGUUACACGCCGCUCCACAUUGCGGCCAAAAAGAACCAAAUGGACAUUGCCAGCACACUUCUUGAGUACGGGGCCAAAACAAACUCUGAAUCUAAGGCUGGAUUCACUCCUCUUCAUCUCUCCUCUCAAGAAGGUCACGCGGAUAUGUCAGCUCUGCUCAUUGACAAUAAGGCAGAUGUGAACCAUCGAGCAAACAACGGUCUUACUCCUCUCCAUCUGUGUGCCCAAGACGACCGUGUGAGUGUGGCUUCGAUUCUAACCAAGAACGGAGCCGAAGUCUGCCCCAAGACCAAGGCGGGAUACACGCCCCUUCACGUGGCGGCCCACUUUGGACAAAUCAAUAUGGUGCGGUUCCUGUUGCAGAAUGAAGCCAGCGUACAUAACACAACUUCGCAUGGCUACACACCUCUUCAUCAAGCUGCGCAACAAGGUCACACGUUAGUUGUUAAUCUUCUGUUAGAAAAUCAAGCGUCGCCAAAUGUGACGACAAUGCAAGGGCAAACACCGCUAUCUAUUGCACAACGUCUGGGUUAUAUAUCUGUGGUGGAAACUCUUAAAGUAGUGACGGAGACCACAGUAAUCACUACCACCACAACUGUGACGGAAGAGAAAUACAAGGUAGUUGCUCCCGAAACGAUGCAAGAGACUUUUAUGACUGACUCGGAAGAUGAAGGAGGUGCCGACUUCGACGAGGUUGCUUUUUUCGGAAAACCCACCCACGCAACACAUGUCUAUCUCCCUUAUGUUGAAGGGAAACACUUUCACAUGAGCGAGGAGGCUAUGCUCGGCGAUCAGUCAUAUAGGUACCUUACCGCAGAUGAGAUGAAAUCUCUGGGAGACGAUUCCUUGCCUAUCGACGUCACAAAGGAUGAGAAACAUCACGAUGUCAUGCAAUCCGUCAAACAAUUUGGAGCACCCAUGGUCGAAGAAGACAAUCUUUCUCCUCAACAUGUCACGCCAGUGGAAACUGGAUUUAGCGAGAAAUUUUCACCUGACAACGUGGAUUUGGCUCGUGCUCCAGUACAUGCUGGAAGUUUUAGUUGGGAUGAUGACUUCUACUAUUCAUUCCCUCCCAAAGGCAUGUUGCGAAGCAGCAGACUUAAGUGGAAAACGUUCCUAGUGAGUUUCAUGGUAGACGCCCGUGGCGGUGCUAUGCGAGGUUGCCGCCAUUCCGGCGUGAGGGUCAUCAUCCCACCACGGAAGGCGGCCAUGCCCAUGAGAAUCACCUGUCGCUACCUGAGGAAAGAGAAGCUCAUCCACCCACCACCCCUCAUGGAAGGGGAGGCCUGCGCUUCCAGGAUCCUCGAGAUGGGGCCCGUUUCUGCCAAAUUUCUCGGGCCUGUCAUCAUUGAGGUGCCACAUUUUGCUUCAACAAGAGGCAAAGAAAGAGAAAUCAUUAUCUUGAGGAGUGAUACCGGCGAAAGCUGGAGAGAACACACCUUGGAAGCGUCGGAAGAAGCUGUUCAAGAAGUUUUGAACGAGAGUUUUGAAGGAGAAGAACUGAGUGCCUUGGAGGACUUGAAUACCAACCGAAUUACCCGUAUCCUCACCACUGACUUUCCCCAAUACUUCGCAAUCGUCUGCAGAGUUCGGCAAGAAUCGCAUGGGGUCGGUCCGGAAGGAGGAAUGGUUAGCUCUACUGUUGUGCCCCAAGUCCAAGCGAUCUUCCCCGAGGGGGCGCUUACCAAGAAAAUUCGAGUUGGGCUUCAGGCUCAACCUAUAGCUCCAGAACUGGUUGCCAAACUUCUUGGUAACCGAGUGGCCGUUAGCCCUAUAGUUACGGUCGAGCCGAGGCGGCGGAAAUUCCACAAGCCCAUAACUCUCACCAUCCCCGUCCCCCAGGCAGUCACCAAAGGCAUGAUCAACCAAUACAGUGGAGAAGCACCAACUUUAAGGUUAUUGUGCAGUAUAACAGGUGGCUCUUCUAAAGCUCAAUGGGAAGAUGUCACGGGAUCUACUCCUUUAACCUUCGUCAAUGAUUGCGUGUCUUUUACUACUACAGUUUCAGCAAGAUUUUGGCUUAUGGACUGCCGACAGGUAAACGAAGUGACUCGUUUCGCCACGGAGCUCUACCAAGAAGCCGUUUAUGUGCCUUUUAUGUCCAAAUUCGUGAUUUUUGCAAAGCGGAACGAUCCAUAUGAAGCCCAGUUGAGAGUUUUCUGUAUGACAGACGACAAAGAAGACAAAACGUUGGAAUCUCAGGAACACUUUACAGAAGUAGCAAAAAGUAGAGAUGUAGAGGUCCUUGAAGGAAAAACAGAGUACCUAGAAUUUGCUGGAAAUCUUGUUCCCGUUACAAAAUCAGGAGAGCAGCUGAAGUUCACGUUCCAGGCGUUUCACGAAAACCGUCUGCCGUUCACGAUCCGCGUCAAGGACCCUCACGCAGAGCCCAUGGGCCGCAUCGCCUUCAUGAGGGAACCGAGAGCGGGUCGCGGUGAACCACCGCAAGUCCCCAUCUGCAACUUGAAUGUGGCCCUUCCGGAUAUCACCCUGAGUGAUUCUAGUCCCGAUGUUUUGGAAUUGGUCACAUUAGAGAAAAGAUAUGAUUUCAUUCAAGAAGCAGGAUUGAGUAAGCCAGAACUGAUUCAUCGGGCAGACUUGCGUCUGUCAGACAUUGCCAGGGAGUUGGAAAAAGACUGGAUCUCUUUGGCUCAGCAACUGGAUAUGUCUGAAGGAGACAUCGAACAACUGAAAUCAGAGACAGCCGGCGAACCGCCGGAACAAGCGCUUAUGAUGCUUAGGCUGUGGCUGCAGAAGUCUGGUCCAAAAGCAACAGGCAAUGAGUUGGAAAAAGCCUUAAGAAGAAUAAACAGAGAGGAUAUCAUUAAAAAUUGCAUGUUCAAUGUUGAGCUUGUGACUGAUGAUGUAGAAAAAGCGGUGGCCAAAGUUCAUCUUGAUCAAUCAGGUUUUGAUGUAUUCAAAGAAGAACUUGGUUCAUCUCGGGAGGCUUCAAUGCGAAGAGGAGCUUCAUUGGACAUUUCGUACGAUGAACAAGACAUCAUGAAGGAGGCUGAAUCUGCUGCUGAAACAAGUAGUGAAACUGGUUCACUGUUCGAAAGAGAGCACAUUCCUCAUUCACUGACUGAUGAUAAAGUUGAAAAACCUGAAAUCGAUGAAAACCCCCCGUCAUCCUUGCUGAAAUAUUGUGUAACAUCUCAAACAACAACAUCGUCCAACAUUACUACUACAGACCAACAAAACCAAAAUAAUGAUGUAACCGAUACUGGUAUUGUUUCUGAUUCUUUCGGCGUGAAACUUAAUUCUUCCCUACUGAGUUAUGAAACAUCUCAAACAGCAACUUCCAACGAUAUUACCGCAGAUCAACAAAUGGAAAGUAUUGAUGUAACGGACACUGCUGCUGUUUCUAAUUCUGUCUGCACGGAACUUAAAUCUUCUCCAAAAGUUUGUGAAACAUCUCAUACAGCAACUACCAACAUUAUUACUGCAUAUCAACACAAAGAAAAUAUUGGUGUAGCGGACACUGCUACUGUUUCUGAAUCUCCUUGCUUGGAACUCAAUUGUUCUCCAAUAAGUUGUGAAGCAUCUCACUCAGCAUCUUCCAAAAUUAUAAUUGCGGAUGAGCAAGGUAAAAAUAUUGAUAUAGCUGGCACCACAACUAAUUUCAAAAUUGAAUCAAAAGCUGAAAGUCAAACGCAACUUCAAAUGCACCAAAGUAGCAGGAAACUACAUGAAUUUUGGCCUCCAGACAAAAUAUCUCUAAAUGAAUUCCAAACUAUCUCAAAAGAUGCCAUUGGUAUGGAGAAUAAAACGAUUCCUACCAAAAAUGACACAGAUUUCGAAUCUUGCACUCCGCCAUCUUCUGGGGAAAAUAUAAUGGAGGAAAUAAGCAUUGCACCAAGCAACGGGACACACACAGAAAAUAUUGGAGAGAAGACAAAGCGGAAAAAUGAUUUGAAUAACUCACAUGAUUUUGAUAUUUCUUACAUCAAUGAAGUUAAUGAUUUAGGUUAUUGUAGCAUGGACAAAGAUCCAUCUAACAAUAGUAUAAGCAAAACAGUCUUAAAUAACAACACAGAUGUUAUUGAUAUCAGUCGUUUGGAUCAGAAAUUCAGCGAGUCUGAAAAUAGUUCAAUGUGCAUAAUACCAAAUGAGCCAAAAGUGAAUAUAGUUGAAAUUCUUAAUAAUCGAAACAUCAUGCUGCAGAAUAUGGAAGGUAUUGACUCGAAACAACUCUACUCAAAUCUUAAUUUAGGAUUUGAUCCAUCUGAUGAAUUUUCUAAAAUGGACAAAUCUUUAAUACCUGUUGAAGAAACUGCAAAAUUGACCAUGCUCAAGUCGGACAUUGAGUAUCAUGAUUUUCCAAAAAAUGUCUCAACAAGUGGCUACGAAGUAGAGGUUGAAAGAAUUGAAAAUAAAUCAGUGGAAGGCAGAAGAACUGAUACCCUCAAAGAUAUUUCUCCUUCUGAAUUGGUGUUUCACAUCAAAGAAGACACUUUUAGAAAGAAAGUGGAUACUGAAAUUAAUUCUGUUGACACAACUAGUGAAGCAAAUAUUCCUCCAGUAGCUCAAGAGUUAGUUGCUAGGUUGACGGAAUCUGAAACCUGGCCUUCUGGAGACCUAGAUACAAGCCAAGUUUCAGUAUCUAGCCUUCCAGAUGACGAAAAAUCGGAAACCAACACUGCAGUCUUGGAAACUACAGCCAUUUCAACGAAGGAGACUGUUUCUACUUUUGAAACCGGUGACAAGAUCAUUCCUUCUGCAGCAGAAAAACAUGCUGAAUCAGAUAAUUUUGACGUUCGGACUCUGUCCAAAGAGCUAGAUAUUAAAUCGUCUGUUGUAGAAGACUUCUUAAAAUCAGAAACUGUUUUUAUGGACGUCGAUGAUCAUGAGAGCAGCUUAAAGUCCGAUUCAUUAGACGAUAUCAGCCGAACUUUAGGCACACCAAGUUCUGACAACGUCGAACCAGAUGCUGGAGUUGAUUUAAAUGAUAUGGCUCCUCAGCAUAAAUUGCGAGAUCUGACAAAAUCAACUGUGAAAGAAUUUCUUGAAGAACAUACAGAAAUAGAUCCCCAAGGCGACAGUAGUGAUGUUGUUGAAGUGGAUGAUCUCUCGAUUUUGCAUGAUAUUGGUUCAAAAAAUGAGCUUGUUACAGAAGAACUUUGCAUAAAAAAGACUUCUGAUAUCUAUCUCGAAGACAAAAUUAUAGAUGAAAAAACAAUUUCCGCAGCAGCUCAUUGCUUAAGUGAAGUAGAUUCGAGGAUUAAACCCGAAAGUAGUUUGCAUAAAACUCCGGAUUUCAUUAAACAUGUUGAAGAAGAAAUAAUCAUUGAAUCUAAGAAGUCCGGUUUUUCUUCUUCUAGUCCAUCAAUAGACAAUUUUUACAUGCAAGAGAUCUUUGAUGCAUCACCAAAAUCUGCUGAAGUGCGUGAUGAUACCUUAAGUUACGAUAGUAGAGGGGAAGAGGUAAAUGAAAAAUCCAUAGUUCCCAGCACUACCAGUCUCUCAUUCGAGGGAACAGAUUUCCCAAAUCUCGUGUCGGCUGAAAAUAGUACUCACAAGCAGCAACUAAGUUCAGAAAGUGAGGUUAGCUCUUCAGAAACAUCUAACACGGGAAACCUUACAGAAAGGGAAGCAUUAUCUAAUGUUGUUGAUGAAAUAUUCUGUGAAGUGGAAAAAGAUAGUGGUUUAUGCAAACAAUUAAAUAGUAUAGGCAGCUCAAAAGUGCUAAUAUCAGAAGCUACGGUGAUAAGAGAUAAAAGAAAAUCAGAAAAAACUGAAGUAGAUGGAAGUGGAUCAACAACACACAUUAUUCAAAGGACAACACAUAUGACUAUUGUCGGUAAAACUCCAGACGGCAUUUCAGUUGGAGAAGGUGAUCAUCAAACUGAGGCUUUCCAAGUAGAAGCAGAAACACCGGAAUCACCAGAACUGAGUUUCGCUGAAAAACGAGAUUUCUUCCAAAAACUCUCUCUUUCGUCUUCUUCGCCAAGUGUCACCCCAACACACACAGCAAAAUCUAGCGUUGAAACGGAAAUCAGAUUAGAAACAAUAAUUACUGAAGACACUGCCAUUUCAACCGUAAGUCCAGAAGAACAGCUGAGUUUUGUUGAUCGAUUGAAAUUCUUUGAAAAAUCUUCUGAGGAGGAAACUCCUCCUCCAGAGGUCAAAGAAAUAAAAAGGGAGACCUGGACCAUUGCUACAUCGGAGAAGAAUGAUGAAGAUUCCAUUGAAACCAUCCGCGAUGUUGAGAAGGAACGUGAAGUUGAAACGAUAGAAGUAGAAAGGGUUUCUGAAGUUAUUUUCCGGGAAAAGCAGGUUUCAUUACCACUUUAUGAAAGUAAAGAGGUUUUGGAAACUAUUGACUCCAGUAAAGAUACAAAAGUUGAAGUUGUGGUGAAAACAUUUUCACCUGGAAGUGAACAAGUCGAAAUAUGUUCGGUAGAAAAUAUACCGAGAAGUGACGCUGAAGACAAGCUGGAAAGUAACACUUUAGCAAGUAAGGAGCCCGAAUCUUUAGAUUUUGAAACCAAUAUGAGAAAAGAUAUUGAGGAUGUAGCCAGAGUAUCUGACUUUUCUGGUCCAAGUAUUUCCUCUGCAGUUGAACAAGAUGAGAAAUUAAUUUCUGAUGAAGAAUUUUUAAGCAAAACAUUAAGAAGUUUUACUGAAAGUUCCUACGAAGUAUCCAAAAACAAAAUAGAUGCUUUUAAGAAAGAAGCAGGGGAUAAAGGGGAGAAUAAGUGGCAGAGAGAAUCUCCUGACAAUAUUAGCAUUGUUAAAGAAACUAUGGAACCGAGCUUAGGUAAAAGUGAAAUAUUUAUUUGUACAGAAGAAACUUUAGAUAGUGUAAAGAAAAUUUUGUCUGUUGCAGAAGCUGAAUCAAAUGUAGUUUUAAAUGAAUCAGAGCCAAGUUUCUCCGAUGUGACUCAGGAUCAAGAAAAGCUAAUCGAGUCUGAAGAUGUAAUUUGCACAAAAGCUGAGACUAAAGACGUAGAAUCUCAACGUUUACCUGAAAGUGAAAGCAUGAAAGAAAUGAAAAAAGUAGAAACUAGUAGCAGAGGAAAAGAAGUUGCUGAAACGUCCACGAAGAAUCAGCGUGAGGAUCAAAUUUCGGUAACACAAGAGGAUAAAAUAAAAACUACUUCCUUGGACCCGUCUCAACGCACAAAAUAUAUACUUUCUGAAGACAUUGUGACUGAGAGUAUUUGCAAGAAACAUUAUGAUGGAAGCAAUGUAGGUAGUUCAGAGGAUGUUGUUUUAGAAAAGUUGUCUUCUGAGACUAUUGAAAAAUCUGUGAUAUUAGAUCAAUCAGUUACACACUCUGAAGAAAUUGUCCAAGACUCUUUCCUUGAUUCAAAUGUAGUUAAUUUAGAUGAAACAAUAGUGCUCAAAGACCGUGGUUCUGUUAGCUUAGAAGAAUUACGGGCAAAAAUUGAGAAAGAAAGAGAAACCGGUAUACAUUUCGAGGAAACUUUGUCCAGAUCAGUUGGUAGCAAUGAAUCUUGUUUCAGUUCCUCCAAGGACCAUUCAGUUGAAAUUGAAUUUUUACCUGUGCUUGAAGUAUCUGAUGAUGUGAGCAAAGUUUCUGUCGAUAAAACGGGUCACGAAGCAUUAGGUACGCCUUGUUCCUUCCACAAAGAGAUGACCAUAGAGGGCCAGCAUUUAGACUUAGAGAAAAGUUUCGAGGAAAGGCAAUCAGAUUCGCUUGAAAAGAGAACUCCUCUUACUACUGCUGUAGAAAAAGCUGAAUAUGAGGAAGGAGAAAAGCAUACGAAGGAAAAUUUAGAAGAAAUUAUUUACAGGGAAUCAUUGGGGAAAAAGACAACCGGUAAGGAGACUCUAGAAUCUGUGGAGGUUACACAGUUUAAGGAGCACUCAUGUGAGGUAUAUAACCUUCCUUCACAAAAGUUGAUGGAAAAAUUUUCGUCUAAAAAGCUACAAAUUGAAACUUCUUGUGAGGAAACGAAGACUUUGCCCACUCAAAAGCUCAACCAAUUUUUAGAUUCGGUUACUCAAAUUGAGGAAGAAACUGGUGCAUAUUCUCUUCCGUCAGACUUAGCUCCCGUUCACAAAAGGACUGAAGAGUGGCUGGACCAGAGUGGCGAAAUUAUGCUGAAAGAAGGGAGUCUAACCGAUGCCGCUGAAAAUGGACUCUUUGAAGAUCGUGUACCUACUUUGGAUGAGGAACAGCACAAAAGAAGUUCUCCGACAGCAGAAUCAUUUGAUGACAAAGCAAGAGUUGAACAGUGUGAUACGGAUGUAAUGAUGCAGUUACUCGACUUUGUAUCCCGAAAUGAUGUUGAACUUUCGGAAGUACGAACAGAAGAUGAAGCACCGGACAUUGAGGAAGACGUGUCGCCUUCCACAGAGGAGGAAAUAUGCACCAGCAUCACAUACGAAACUAAUGCUGAAAACGAAACCAAAGAGUUGGGUUAUUCCGAGGAGAAGACUCGGGACUGUCUGAAGGUAGUAGAAACAGAAACUUUGCUUUUAUCGCCCCUUAGAUCAUCUUUUGAUUCUGUUACUAGUCCGUCAAGGAAAGAUUUUUCAUCUGAAAAUAUCGAUACUGUUAUGGAAUCAAGGCAAUACUUUGACCAAACGGACCAACGUGUUGCGACCUGUUCCAGACAAAUGCUACCGCAGUCAUCUUUAGAAGUAGAAGUAGGCAGUCAUGCUAGUGACGAAUUUGGGACCCAUGACAACGAGAAAGAAAUGACACAUCUUUCAUACGUCGAGGAAGAACAGUCAAAAGCUGAGUUUGAAGUUGUUGGAGAAGGAAUUCCAGGGCCUACUAUGACUGUAAAACGUGAAGAUCAAGCUUUGAACAGCGGAAUCGUCUUAGAAGAGCAUUCAAAGUUAAUUUCAGAAAAUCAAGGUCAGGGGAUUCCAGAAGAUAAAAAAGACACGGAAUCAAAGACCACCACUGUUGAACUGACCACCAGUAAGAUAGUUGAAGAAACAAUUCUUGUCAAAGAUCCACAAGCUUCAGAAGCGGCAAUAAUAGCUGAAAUUUCUUCAGAUAUUAGUAAAGACAUUGUAAAGGAAAGUUCCGAAGAUGCCGUUCAGGCCAAAGAUUCCUCCACCGUGAUUCUAACGACAGACAGCAAAAUGAUGGGAGAAUCCACAGCAUGCCCAUCUUCAACACCGUCUCAAAUAUUCAACGUUUCUGAGGAAGGAAUUUCUAUGGCAGAAACAUCAUCUAAAGAGCAUGUUCUAAAAGCAAGCAUAAGCACGGAUGAAGAUCUAGAAGUUCAAAUGGAAGAAAGUCAUUUCGUUACAAAAGAGAUCAUCAGAGAUUCCGCGGUGGUGCCACAACUACUUCCUUGCGCAUUUGAUAACACAGCUUUUGCCGGAGCAGAUUUUAUUGACAAAGUUGAGCAAACUGUUCCUGUCCGUGCUCGUAGUCCUUAUGAAGUUGUUCGCGAAGACCAGGGAGAUGCUCCUGUCCUUGGAGUCGGUCAGAUCUCGAAUGAACAUGUAAUAAAAGAAGUUUCUGUAAGUAAGAUUAGCUUUAUGCCAAAACAAAUCGACAUUCGAAGGCGACCAAUACUUCAACAAAUACCAUCCGAGAUUUCAGAAGAAGAUCUAGUCGAAAGGGAAAUCAUAUCACCCAUCACAAAAGAAUUUGAGGUUUUUGAAGAGGAAGAUGUCAAAGGUAAAAUAGCUUCCACUGAUACUGAAAUAUCAUAUGCUGUUACGAGAUCUACCGAAGAAAAGAGUCAAACAAUCAAUGAAGAAAGUCAAAGUGACUUAAGCACAAAAUUUGACCACAAAAGCCCGGUUUUGAGUAAAAACAUUAACCAUUACGACUCAAAAGAAAUUCUUUCAUCUCAAUCUGAUCAGCAUAUCUCUCCACACGCAGAAAAAGAUUCAAAUGUUGUAGUUUAUGAAGACAGAACGAAAAAGCAGACUGAAACUUUGAGAACUCCACCUGCCAACUUGCCCGUUAAAAGUGAUUUGUCAGAAAGUGUCACAAAAACAGACGAAGGAACCACGCCUGAGUCUGAUACAGGCAUACCUACCAGCCCAUUUGAACUCAUUAGUGAAAUAAGUGACGAAGAACAUAAAACGGGUCUGCCAUCUUCCAUUACAUUAAUGAAGAGUGAUAACGAAGAUAGGUCUCAAGAUUCUGUUAUUACGACAACACAAUCUCAGAGCUACACUGAAAGUACUUUUUCUGCCAGCAUAAGGACUUCUUCAAAGGAUUUAAGUGAUAGCUGUACCCUUAAUGAAGCGAUAAAUUUUCAGUCAAAAACUAAAACCACUAGGACAUCAGUAACGACUUUCACGAAAACUGUUAGAGACACAUCAGACGAUUACAUGCAAGAAAAUCAUAGACAACUUUUAAAUGGACCUGGUGAAGUUGAAUACCGACCCGAAUACGAUGAUGACCAUGAGUAUUGUCCAGAUGAAAGAUUGAAUGAACAACAUGGAUUUGGUACAAUACGAGUUUCAGAGGAGUCUGCAAAUGAUGCAUUUGAGUUCGACGAUUACAAAAAAAGCCGAUACAGCAGCGUGUCGGAUGAUGUCAUCGAUUCUGAAAUAGGCGAAAUCUGUAGUUCUGACCAACAACUAGAAGAUAUUAUUGAAAGACCUGUGACACCAGAACCUCCCAAAGACGAUGAGCAAGAUUUGAUUAUUGAAAAACAAGUGAAGAGAAGAUUUGAUUUUAAGCGAGAAGAGUUUUCACCAACUGUUGCAGAUGAACAAUUGGUACUAUCUCCUUUAGAAAGUCCCGAUGAGCUAAAACCUGGUUUUGCUUACGGAAUGCAGUUUGAGAAAGAAGUUUUGGAUUCAGCUGAAGAGGCUAUGGACAUAGACAGUGAUCAGUACAGCGAAGGAAAAGAACCCGCCUAUGCUUAUGGUAUGAGAUUUGAGAGGGAUCCUGAUUUGGAAGAGGAAGACAUACCGUGUUAUGGUGAUUUAUACACUCACGAAGAAGAAGAUGAAGAUGCACUUGAAAAUGGAGAAAAGCCUAAGAGCUUUCAAAAGCAAGUAAAAGAUGCUGAUUUUGAUAUUCUUGCAGGUCGGAAAUAUUUUUCGAAAAAUGUUGAGUUCGACGAUCUCUCAAUGUCUUCUUUGCAAGAAUUUGAGAGAUUAGAAGCAGAAAUAGUUUCUGGGAGAAAAUCUAGCAUUGGAUCAUUAGAUUCCUUGAAUGGAAAAAAUCACACUAGCAAAAGUGGAGAUCAUGAUGAUGUAUCGAUGAGUUCCUUGACUGAGUUUGAAAGAAUAGAAAGAGAAUGUACUGAAACUGAAAAGAUCGAUCCUGCUAUGCAAGAGAGCAUAACUCAGCUUUCAGAGAUUGAGGAAGGACACGAAAGUCAAGCUUCUGAAGCCAGCCAUGGUAAAUCAGAUGACGCUAAGGAAGACCUCAGCCUUUUGGAUGAUCAAGAUAUGAAGUUACAAGAUAUUGAUGAACUAGUUUUCGACACUUCGGGUAUUGCUCCUGAAGAACAACCUUAUCAGUAUAUAAUACAGAAAACUCAUGCAACCGCAAAAGGUGUUUCUAGUACAGUGGUUAAAACAGAAAUUGCUGAAUACGUAGGUGCGCAAGAUUCAGCAGAAAUUAAAAUAGAAACUUUCAAAAAGUCUACAAUAAGGCAUGAGCCUGAUACUCGUCAAAAAUCUUUAGAGUCGUACAGUUAUGACAGUGUCAAAGAAGAUGAAAUGGAUCAAGACUCUUUACGUGAUGAAUUUUCAUUAAAACCUGAUUCCUUAAUCGACGAAAACAAAGAUUUUCAAGAUUCAUUGCAUGAAGAUAGACUUGAUGACGCAGAUUCUUUACAGGGUGACAUACCAGAUGAAAUGCGGGAUUCUCUUUUCGAAGAAAAACACAUAGAGGAUGAUUCUCUUCAUGAAAUGGAUAUUCUUCCUGACGAAUCCUCAUUAUCACUCGAAAGUAGUCUUGCCGCAGCGCUGUCUCAUGAUUCCAGCAAAGCUGAUGAUCGUAAACAUUAUUCUUUUGAUGGAGAAUCUGAUGCUCUAAGAUUAAAUUUAAGAGACAUAGUAACAUCAUCUGAUAAAGCUGAUAUCGUAGUUACCGACUAUGUGAGAGGUGGUGACGUGAUGGUGUCCAGCACAGAUUCUUUAGAGCAAAGCAGUUCGGCUGCUUUCGCUGCAUUCCAUAUGGAAAGUGAAUCCGCUAUGUCUUCUAGUUUAAAUAGUGCAAUUACGUCCGAAGAUUACACGAUGAUCUCGAGCACAGAUACUCUAGAACAUGAGGGAAGAAUUACUUUCAGGUAUGAAGACAUUCCAGUGGAUGAUCUAGAAACGAUUCUUAAAGAUAGAAAAAACGUCUUUGUAGAUUCCGAAGGAAAUAUUCAGGCGCAAUAUAACGUUGAACAUAUUUUAGAGACGGAAGGUAACAUAAACAGUCUUUGUUCGAGAGAAAAAAAGACUGAAGUUCAACUGCCAUCAUCUACCACUGUUCAUGUUCAUUCUGCUGUUACUUCAGCUAAAUAUGUCGACGAUCGAACAAAGUCAUCAGCACCCAUUCCAUUUACCACGACUACCGGUACCAAAACUGAAGACAUAUCAUAUGAAUCUUCAGAUUUUGAUCCAGAUGUGGAAGUAGAGGAAGUUCAUACAACUGAUGAGUUUGGAAAUCCAAAAGUCAUCAGGAAAGUCAAAAGGUUUGUCCACACGAAAACUCAGUUUUCCUCGUCUUCUUCCCCGAAAGAUGUGGAAGAAAAACUGAAGGAAUUUCUGAGGGAACAUGCUGCAGGAGAGAGUGCGGGUAUAGGUGAGGAAGAAGUAAAAGAAGAGAAAACCAUAGACGCUAAAGGAAAUGUUGUUCUAAUUAGAACAGUGCAACAACAAAUGCUUUCUGAACCACAAGUGCAUUCCAAAACUUUCACGGGACCAGAUGCUGACACAUUAUCCCAAGAUUUUGUAGAAACUUUUAAAACUUUAGAUCCUACAGAAAAUGUUUGUGAAUAUGAGAAAAUUGAUGAUGAAGGGAAUGUUGUGCGAGUUACGCAACAAGUUGUUAUAAAGCCUGAAGUUCAUAGUAUCUCCUUUAGUGGCCCGAAUGCUCGCCAGCAAAUGGAAGAUUACAUGAAGCAAUGGACCGCUACGUCGCAAAUGGCAGACGAGUAUGAAGCAGGACAAACUUCUACGUUUUUCUCUGCUGACGAACUCCACAGGUUUUCAGAUCAAUCACGGCAGCAUGGCUUUUCAGAAAACAGUAUUCAUUCUUGUGUGGAAGAACCUACCGACUCGAAAGUGUUUGCCUCCAGUAUCCCCUCACAGUCUUCAGAGAAGAUAACCGUUCAAGCAGAAGCAGACCACGCUCCUCCGAAUGGAAAGGAAAAAUCUCACGAAACUGGUGACGAGAAACCUCAGCAAUAGGGAACGGCAAAGUUACUAUAGGGACAAAUGUUUCUGGGACACAUUAAGCGAGUGGAUCCCCGGUCCACUGAAGUGCCGAAGCCGAUUGUUUCUGCUCACAUUCUUCAGCUUCUGUAGAAAGUGCCACGAGUCGAACCUAACUCAUUUUCCGAUUAAUGUCAAUUAAUUGCGAUAAAAAUUCUAUGAGCUGUAAUUGCCACAUACAAUGGAAAAUGUGUUAAAGGUCUUAUUUAUUGCAUUUAUAUGACUGAUGUAUGUAUUGCAGUUCUCUCUUCCCCAUGGUCUACUUUGUUAUGCUCAGCCAUGUGUUUGCUGAAACAAAAUGGCAAUUUCUCGGUAGCAGACGUAUCAGUUGUUGAACAAAACUCCCUCCAAAGACUCCAAUUAUGUUAUAUCUUUGUUUCAUUGCAUGAUUUUCGUGAAGAAUAUGAACUCUACUUCUAUGUAAUGUAAUUGAAUUUUAGUAUUUUCAGCAGCAAUAUUUAAAUUGUUCAAUCCAUUCUCACGGGUGUGAUAUUUUUAGGCAUAUAUUUGCAUCUGAUUCUCAGUAUUUUAAACUUUGGCUUUUAACUGUGAUACGUUUGAGUAUAUGAAACCUUAUUUCAAUGAAGAUCUGGGAGGUGGAUAGACUCAAUGUUUGGUGAACACUAGCCUCACUUGGGCAUCCCUGGCCAGCUAGCCCUACUGCUGCCAGUGAUUUCGACCCGUGAGGUUAACCGACCCUCAUUUGGACACUCCUGGUUAACCAAGUUUCUUCUUUUUUUUAUAUCCCCCCCCCCCCCAAUUUUUCUCUUUCCAUCUUUUUUUUUUCCCCUUUCCUUGAUUUUCUCUCUUUUUUCCUUCUUUUUCUUCCUUUUUUUCAUGAAAAAUCAGCUUUCUGAAAAAAAAAUGUUGCGUACUUGAAAAGUUACGAUUUGUACGAGUUACGGGUAUGACAAUACGGUUACGCCCGCAACGCGUACACGCAUCUUUAAUCUUUAAACUCAAGAAAACUUUUUAGCUAGUUGAUACUUUAUAUUAUGACACACAACGGUUAUUUGCUUACGAAUAUAUCGCAAUUAAAAGCCAAAGUUUAAAAUUCCAGGAACAAAGUGUAAAUACAUUCGUAAAAAUGUCACACACC